UAAGGCCCACGUCCCUUUCGCCUCCCCCUACAAUCUAUAUCGUCUUUUCCGACAAUCGUCUCAGCUGCGGAUCGACGCCGUAGAUUAAUCCUAGGGUUUCCCGAGCCCUCGUAUCUGAAGCUCAAAAGACUACUACUACGAACGUACGUCAUCUUCUAGUAUAUAUACAAGAACAAGAGCCUGUUGUGAAAAUGGAACAAGAGGGAGCAGAGAGAAGCACCACCAUCGUUGCAUCAACCUCCGAAGGGUCGAGUUUAGAUCCGAUAGCUCGAGUGAGGAAGCUCUUGUUUCGCCAGAUGCUGGUUGGAAUCAAAGACGGGAGAUUCUUCCUUGGCAAUUUCCACUGCAUUGACAAACAAGGAAACAUACUUCUCCAAGACGCUGUCGAGUAUCGCAGCAUAAGAAGAUCGUCUCCUUCGCCUACUGAGCAGCGUUGUCUUGGUAUAAUCCUAAUCCCUGCCUCUUGCAGGACGUCUUGCCAUGUCGAUUGCUCUAUCGAGGAACAGCUUUCGUUGAUCCAGCUUAAAGAGUAGAGAGAGCCUCGAGAGAUUGCAUCAGUGUGUAACGAAACACCAGUCUUUCAUUAUGGAUUUGGUCUCUUCACUGUGCUUAAAAGCAAAAUUUUAUUACAUGUCCUUUGUAUGUUUUACCCUUUUGAAAAUCUUUUUUUGUAUU